AAGAACAAAAAAACAGAACAACAGGAAAGAAAAAGAACCAAGGAGUUCCCAGGUCCUCUUUCAAUUUUGUAGUAGAUUUGGUGCUGCUCGUGCUAUCUGUGAUCAACAGAGUCCUCUGCAAGAGCGAGUUUUAUUGUGUUGUUUGGUCCCGGAGGUAGCUCCUCGCAACGGUUGUCUAUCAUCAUGAGUUGCCUUGCUUCGUUGGCGUGUUGCCUCUGCCCUUCGCCAUGUGGCUGUUGUUGCGGCUGCUGUCCUACAUCGAAAAGUUCGACUACAUCUCGCUUGAUGUACGGUGUAAUGCUGCUGGUUGGCACAGUCGUCUCAGCACUUUUCCUCACAACUAAGGUGGCCAACGCCGUUCUCAAGUCAAACACCAUCUGCUCUACUAUUCGGAAAGUGGUCAAACUGGAUGCUUCGAAAAGCUGUGUUGACAGUGACGAUUUGCAGAAGUACUUCAGCAACUUUGCUGUCUAUCGCAUCUUCUUUGCGCUUGCCUGCUUCUAUCUGCUCUUCAUGGUCAUCAUGUAUGCUGUGAAGACGAGUCACGACCCCAGGGCUAAACUCCAGAAUGGCUUUUGGCUGUUCAAGUAUCUUGCCCUGAUUGCCAUUACCGUCGGUGCCUUCUAUAUUCAAGCGGGCUCUUUUGAAACAGCUCUGUACGGCAUCGCCAUCACUGCGGCCUGGUUUUUCAUUGUUGUACAACUUGUGCUGCUGAUUGACUUCGCUCACUCCUGGAACGAAUCCUGGGUGGGCAAGAUGGAAGAGAGUGAUGGCAAUGGCUGGAAGUGUGCUCUCCUGUUCUUCACAUUCGGGAUGUUUGCAGCAGCCUUCGCCAUCUUUGUGGUGCUGCUUGUAUUCUUCACCCAGAGUGGUGGAUGUAGCCUGAACAAGUUCUUCAUUGCAUUCACCUUCCUGGCUGCUCUGGUUGUCACAAUUAUCUCUAUCCUGCCCAAGAUCCAAGACGCAACCCCAACAUCUGGUCUUCUUCAGUCUGCUGUUGUCUUCCUGUACGUCAUGUACAUAACAUGGUCAGCUGUCUCCAGUGAGCCCUAUGGCCCAACUCAGAACUGCAAUGUUGACUACCAGGGCACCAAUCCCAAUGGUACACAUGCUGCUUAUUCUGGAAAUAACACAACCUCGAGCAUUGUGGGUAUUGUUAUGGCGUUUGCACUGGUCAUGUAUGCAUGUGUCUUCACCGCCUCCAAGUCACAACUGAACAAACUGAAGGGCAAGGAUGGUGAUGCUGAGCGCACCGUACUGUGCAACUCCAGCAAUGAGUCAGGUGACGAUGACCAGCGCGUGUAUGACAACGAGCAGGAGGCCGUCGCGUACAGCUACUCCUUCUUCCACUUCAUGUGCAUGCUGGCAGCUCUCUACCUCAUGCUGCUCAUCACCGGCUGGACCAACCCGCAAGAUUCCCUGAGUUCGGAUAUCGGCAAGUCCUUCACACAGAACUGGCCAUCGGUCUGGGUGAAGAUGACUUCGGCCUGGGUGUGCUUGCUCAUCUACUUGUGGACACUGCUCGCUCCAGUGGUUCUUCCGGACAGAGAGUUUCACUGAAGAUCUGAGUGAGUGAUGUGUGCAAGUGGGCAUGUGUGUGUGUGCGUGGCCAUUCUCUAUAGCUGACGAGCGGUCGCCGCCACCAUCCUGAAGAUCACUUUGUAAACGCCUGCUAACCCUGUUGUUUUCAGAGUAGUCAGCACAAGGUUUUCUCAUACUACGCAUGCUGCAGCCAUCAGUAAGCGAACAAUGUGUGUGCAUGUAAAUCUUUAGUCGAUUGUGUUCUAAGCAGCUACCUGCCUGUGGUCCCCCUGUAUAGGGUGUAACGGUUACUGCAUCACUUGUGCUUCUAUUCUCUGUUACUUUGGUUCCUACAACUUGUAGCUGUGUGAGUACAGUUGCUUGCAAUGGCUUUCCAUGCAUUUACCACCCCUGUCACUGUAUGGUGCUUGCCUUGACAUGUUCUUUUUCAAUCUUAUUUUUGUUGUUUUUAAUCAGAUGCAAUUCUUAUCCAUUAAACUUGGACUUUUACCAUGUAUUGUUAGUUUCCUUGUAGAGUAUUGACUAUAAUGUAUUCACACAUCUCGCCUUGCCCCCCCCCCCCCCCCCCCCUGUACAUCUAGUGGUCAGUGUAUAGCGUGUCUCAUGUUCUUCCUUUCUGUAGCAUAACUUAGAGAGCCUUCCCCUCCGUCAAGAAACAACCCAUCUGUACUGUAGGCAUAGGCACAUCCGCAUCAUCGUUUAGCCCAUGUGUGUGUGUGUGUGUGUGUUGUUUUACUGUGAACAUUGCACUGCAUUGUGCUUGCAAGCAAUCACAACCAUAAAUUUUACAUGAAUAUUUAAAAAUGCCGUUA